AUGACCGAUCGCUUCGCCCAAACGGAUGGGUCGACCACUCGUGCCUGCAACCUUACAGAAGGAAUCUACUGCGGUGGAACCUGGAGAGGAACGAUAAACCGUCUUGACUACAUCCAAGACAUGGGAUUUGAUGCCGUCAUGAUAUCCCCAAUUGUAAAAAACAUCGAGGAGCGCGUUUCAUACGGAGAAGCAUACCAUGGCUACUGGGUUCAGGACAUGUACACCCUCAACCCGCAUUUUGGGACCCAUCAGGACUUACUGGACUUGAGCCAAGCUGUCCAUGAUAGGGGUAUGUUCCUCAUGAUGGACACCGUCAUAAACAAUAUGGCUUAUCCUACAAACGGUGGGAAUCCGGCAACUGAUGUUAACUACUCCUCUCUCAUUCUCUUUAAUGACCAGGGGUUCUAUCAUCCUUACUGUAAGAUCUACGACUGGAACGACUACUCUCAAUCUCAGUAUUGCUGGACCGGCGAUGAUAUUGUUGCCCUCCCAGAUUUAAACACAGAGGACGACCGCGUUCAAGCCAUUCUCGAGAUGUGGAUUCAGCAGAUGAUAUCAACCUACUCAAUCGAUGGACUUCGCCUGGAUGCCGCAAAACACAUCACGCCGGGCUUUCUCCCCAGGUUUCAAGAAGCAGCUAAUACCUUCAUGUUUGGAGAGGUAUAUGAGAGAUCUGUUGACAUUCUCUGCAAUUACCAGAAAGACCUCAAAAGCGUCACUAACUACCCCAUCUACUUCGCUCUCCUCGACGCUUUCACCCUCGGCAACAUAGAGUCCCUCCCAAACCAAGUCGAGACCAUGAAGAACCGAUGUCCCAGCGUAACAGAUCUCACAAUAUUCUCCGAGAACCAUGACAUUCCGCGCUUCGCAGGCUUGAACGAUGACAUAAACCUCGCCAGAAACAUCCUAACAUUCACCCUCCUCUUCGACGGCGUCCCGAUAAUCUACCAAGGCCAAGAACAACACUUCUCAGGCUCCAAAGACCCUUAUAACCGCGAAGCCCUCUGGCCCUCAGGCUACAACACCUCGUCCCUGCUCUACAAAACCAUAACCACACUGAAUGGGAUCCGCAAGCACGCGAUAAAACUUGAUCCGGGUUACUACGUAAACUACAACACGUACCCCGUCUACCGCGGGUGGUCGGAGAUGGCCUUCAGGAAGGGCCGCGAUGGGCACCAGGUUAUUAUGGUCUUGUCGACGCAGGGGGUCAAUGGCGGCGCAUAUACCAUCAGCAUGAUGGAUGGAUUCCAACCGUCUGUUGUCGUUAUGGAUGUGUUUAGUUGUAGCACGUGGACUGUUAGUGAUAUGGGCGAGUUGAGGCUUGAUAUGGAUAAGGGCGAGCCGAGGGUAUUAGUGCCGCGGGACAUGAUGCCUGGGAGCGGCCUUUGUGGGUUUGGGUAG